CCCGCGGAGCUCGCCCUUUUAAGAUGGCGUCUCCUCAGGGGGGUCCGAUGGCGAUCGCGAUGCGGCUGCGGAACCAGCUGCAGUCGGUGUACAAGAUGGACCCCCUCAGGAACGAGGAGGAAGUCCGCGUCAAGAUCAAGGACCUCAACGAGCACAUCGUCUGCUGCCUCUGCGCCGGCUACUUCGUGGACGCCACCACCAUCACCGAAUGCCUCCACACCUUCUGCAAGAGCUGCAUCGUGAAAUACCUCCAGACCAGCAAGUACUGUCCCAUGUGCAACAUCAAAAUCCACGAGACCCAGCCGCUGCUCAACCUCAAGCUGGACCGGGUGAUGCAGGACAUCGUGUACAAACUGGUGCCCGGCUUGCAGGACAGUGAGGAGAAGCGGAUCCGCGAGUUCUACCAGUCCCGAGGCCUGGACCGCGUCACUCAGCCCAGUGGAGAAGAGCCCGUGGCCGGCGGCUUGGGCCUGCCCUACAGCACCUUCGACCACUCGCGCGCCCAUUACUACCGCUACGACGAGCAGCUGAGCUUGUGUCUGGAGAGGUUGAGCUCCGGCAAAGAGAAGAAUCGCACCGUCCUGCAGCACAAGUUCGUCCGGUGCUCCGUCCGGGCCCAGGUGCGGCAGCUGCGCAGCGUCCUGUGUCACCGCCUCACGCUCAGUCCCCAGCACGUGCAGCUCCUCUUCGACAACGAGGUCCUCCCCGACCACAUGACGAUGAAGCAGAUCUGGCUGUCGCGCUGGUACGGGAAGCCGGCACCGUUGCUCCUACAAUACAGUGUGAAAGAGAAGAGGAGGUAGAAGAGGAGGCCGUUCGUGUUUCGUUUUGUUUAUUCCCCCCCCCGCCGCCGCCGCCACCACCAAACAGGGUCCCAGAUAUUUAUGCAGCAGAGCUAACCCGCCGUGUUAUUUUUAAAAUAAAAACAGGUAAACCAGG